UCUCCAUCAUCUUCUGCAAUCCGCCAUGGAAGACAAAUACGAGAAAUUGGAGAAAGUAGGUGAAGGUACUUACGGUAAAGUGUACAAAGCGAAAGAUAUACAGACAGGCCAACUGGUGGCUCUGAAGAAAACUCGUCUUGAGAUGGAUGAGGAAGGAAUUCCACCGACCGCCCUCCGUGAGAUCUCCCUCCUUCAGAUGCUUUCAAAUUCCAUCUACAUCGUCCGCCUUAUCACCGUUGAACACAUCCAUCACAACGGCAAGCCUCUCCUCUACCUUGUUUUUGAGUAUCUGGACACCGAUCUGAAGAAGUUCAUCGAUUCCCAUCGCAAGGGACCUAACCCUUCCCCCCUUCCUCCUUCUCAGAUCCAGAGCUUCCUUUUUCAGUUGUGUAAGGGUGUUGCCCACUGCCACGGUCAUGGUGUUCUUCACAGAGAUCUGAAGCCACAAAACUUGCUGGUUGACAAAGAAAAGGGAAUUCUGAAGAUUGCAGAUCUUGGUCUUGGAAGGGCUUUUACUGUUCCUCUCAAGAGUUAUACUCACGAGAUUGUUACUCUUUGGUAUAGAGCCCCAGAGGUACUGUUGGGAUCAACUCAUUACUCGACUGGUGUUGACAUGUGGUCUGUUGGCUGUAUUUUCGCUGAAAUGGCAAGAAGACAAGCUUUGUUUCCUGGUGAUUCAGAGUUCCAACAACUGCUUCAUAUAUUCAGGUUGCUUGGGACGCCAACGGAAGAGCAGUGGCCGGGCGUGAGUUCUCUAAGGGACUGGCAUGUGUAUCCCAGGUGGGAAGCUCAGAAUUUGGCACGGGCUGUUCCAUCUUUGGGACCUGAUGGUGUAGACCUUCUAUCGAAAAUGCUGCAAUAUGAUCCAGCUGACAGGAUAUCGGCGAAGGCUGCUAUGGAUCAUCCCUAUUUUGAUACCCUCGACAAAUCUCAGUUCUGAAACAUGAUCAUCAUCAUCAUCUUGUUGCUAGCUGUUAAAGAUUGAAAGAUGUCAUCAGCUUGGUGAUUUCACAACUUGUGUGUUUUAUGAUUUUAUAUCCAACAAUCUUAAUGUUUCAGUCCUUUCUUUCUUUGUGUGUGUUGUAAUUCCCCAUUGUGAUUGCUACAAAUGUUUGUGUAUGUUGUCG